AUGUUUCGUAAGUCCCUUUCAUUGGUGCCAAACCCUGCCACUCUGCACUUUAUUUGGGCCAGAAUCCACGAAGGUACACAGUACUACACUGCAGAGGAGCACUACAAGAAAGCCAUCUCCUACGAUCCGGAGAACCAAAGUUACAAAGAUAAACUACGUAAGUGUCUUUUUUUAUCCUCCUACGGGUUACGAAAACUAAACACACAUACCUCUAAUAUAACGUUAAACACUUGUUUUAAUGUCUUUUCUUUCUUUUUCUUUUUUUUCCUUUUUCUUUUGUUUGCCUCUUUUCUUUCUUUUUCUUUCUUUUUUCUAAUUCCUUUCUUUCUUUUUUCUAAUUCCUUUCUUUCUUUUUUCUCAUUCCUUUCUUUCUUUUUUCUCAUUCCUUUCUUUCUUUUUCUCUCUCGUUUGUUUUUUCUCUCUCGUUUAUUUCUUUCUUCUUUCUCGUUUCUUUCUUUCUGCUUUCUCGUUUCUUUCUUCUUUCUCGUUUCUUUCUUUCUCGUUUCUUUCUUUCUCGUUUCUUUCUUUCUCGUUUCUUUCUUCUUUCUCGUUUCCUUUUACUUUCUCGUUUCUUUCUUCUUUCUCGUUUCUUUCUUCUUUCUCGUUUCUUUUUCUUCUUUCUCGUUUCUUUUUCUUCUUUCUCGUUUCUUUUUCUUCUUUCUCGUUUCUUUCUUUCUUCUUUCUCGUUUCUUUCUUUCUUCUUUCUCGUUUCUUUCUUUCUUCUUUCUCGUUUCUUUCUUUUUUCUUGUUUCUUUUUCUUUCUUUUUUCUCAUUCCUUUCUUUCUUUUUUCUCAUUCCUUUCUUUCUUUUUCUCUCUCGUUUGUUUUUUCUCUCUCGUUUAUUUCUUUCUUCUUUCUCGUUUCUUUCUUUCUGCUUUCUCGUUUCUUUCUUCUUUCUCGUUUCUUUUUUCUUUUUUUUCUUUCUCAUUUCUUUCUUUCUCAUUUCUUUCUUCUUUCUCGUUUCCUUUUUACUUUCUCGUUUUCUUUCUUCUUUUCUCGUUUCUUUCUUCUUUUCUCGUUUCUUUUCUUCUUUCUCGUUUUUUUCUUCUUUCUCGUUUCUUUUUCUUCUUUCUCGUUUCUUUCUUUCUUCUUUCUCGUUUCUUUCUUUCUUCUUUCUCGUUUCUUUCUUUCUUCUUUCUCGUUUCUUUCUUUCUUCUUUCUCGUUUCUUUCUUUCUUCUUUCUCGUUUCUUUCUUUUUUCUUGUUUCUUUUUCUUUCUUUUUUCUCAUUCCUUUCUUUCUUUUUCUCAUUCCUUUCUUUCUUUUUCUCAUUCCUUUCUUUUUCUCUCUCGUUUCUUUCUUUUUAUCUCUCGUUUCUUUCUUUUUAUCUCUCGUUUCUUUCUUUCUUCUUUCUCGUUUCUUUCUCGUUUCUUUUUCUUUCUUCUUUCUCGUUUCUUUUUCUUUCUUCUUUCUUGUUUCUUUUUCUUUCUUCUUUCUCGUUUCUUUCUUCUUUUCCCUACCUAA